UGACGACUCAUCCAAACCUCUGCUCAAACAACUAUCAUGGCCAUGAGUUCCCCGCUCUGCGUUCUCUCUUCAGCCCACCGCUCAACGGCUUUAUUGGAUCAAGAUCACAUCCUUAUCUAUGCGCUUUCCCUCCAACGACCACAUCGAGCGCGCGAGACCUGUAUCCAACGACAAUCUCGCUUUGCUAGAAGCUUUGUCAAGAAGAAGGAGCUAGUCAUCUGCUCCAAGAAACAUGUUCUCCAGCUGGCGCAUCGCGUCUCUGUUCUAUCGCGGUCAACUGAGUCCACGAAGAGAAAGACCGGUAUUGCUCACGGUACCGUCUCAUCCCUGGAACAUGCUCAUACAACAAUCUCUGCUCGUCGCACGGCUUCAUCGACCCGCACCUUACCCUACCUCAAGCUGCAUAUCAACACUCCCAGUUCUCAAUCCAUCUCCCCCAGCCACUUUCCGACCCCUCUCACUCCUACCAACCAGCUGAUACAAACACCGUCUCAACCUCCUCUUGCACCCAAAGGUUUUCCUUACAAACACGCUCGGCAUUGGAGUCCAUUCGUGCUUGCGAUGCAAAUUGACAGCAACACGACUGCUAUGCCGAGUCCCUGCACCCCAGAAUCUCCGAUUCAAGACAUACAUAUUCAUUUCUCACGUCCGCGCAAUUGUCAAGUUCCCCGACGACUCUCGUACUCUCAAGCCUGUUCAACGCCGUGGACUCCGAAUCUGCAGUUGGCUCAUCCUCUCGCAUCUCCUGUGUUGAUUCACAAAUCUCUGUGGGCUCCGCCAUCUCCUGUUACGACACCGCGAUACCAACUCGAGGAACUACAGUUUUCCCCUUUCCGUGUGGAGAUAUUUUAAUGUCAGUUCAUUAAGAUUGUUGUGAUACCUUGACAUACAUUAUACUGUAACCUAAUGACCUCAACCCUUCCACUGUGCAUAAGUGUCUAGCAAAUGUAUCCAUACGUACUUUACGAGAGCUAAUAAUGAACUCUAUGACGACCGGAAUCUAAUGAUGGCUGACCUUGUGUCGGCGAUUCUUUCCCUCGACCAUCAUGACCGGUUCGACCAACAAGACCACAUUAGCCUCGGUGCUGCCCACCUUGAGGCCACCACCGAUCAAGCGCCGGCACUUACGCAAAUACUCAUGGCUCCCCGACGUCUUCCGUUUAAAAGGAAGCUAUUCCAGAUCAUCAGUAGGAUCUUUGGGCCUGUGCUCACCGUUACUCUGUUUGCUACGGGCAUCGCGUAUGCCAGCCACCACGGUUAUGUCCUCUUUGCCACCAACAGCAUCGUUCCGUUGCUUUCAGUCGUGGUCGGUUUGAUUCUCGUCUUCAGAAAUGGGACGUCCUACGAUCGCUGGUGGGAAGGUCGCAAAUGUUUUGCCUCUAUAACCUCCAACGUUCGGAGUCUCACUCGUCUUGUAUGGAUCAAUGUCGCGCUCCCUCCGACCGACGACCAGCCCGGAAGUGCCAAAGGCAAAACACCCACGACUGAAGUCACGAGCCACCAACUACACCGCAGGAAGACCGAGGUGUUGCAAUUGUGCGCGGCAUUCGCAUUCGCUACCAAACACUAUCUGCGUGGCGAGGAUGGUCUGCAUUGGAACGACUACCACGGUGUUCUCCCUGCGGCUUUCAUCAGAGCGGAUGAAGUGGGAUUCAACACUCAGCACACCACUGCGUCAAGCUCCUACGCGGCGACUCUCAACCACUCGGCCCCCUCUUCUAACGGUGGAUCCACUGACCAUAUCGCGACACGUCCAGAUGCCACGAAGCGCGUGCGGCCGAAACGCAGCAAACAACAGGUCGGACCUCGGACCCCGCUGCUUUCCGGAACUCAAAGAACAGUCGAAUUCCACCCGUAUGCUGAUGAAGCCUCCAUGCCCUUACCGCUGGUUAUCGCGCAUGAAAUCACACGCAAGCUGUUCCAAUUCCGGCGAGAGGGAUUCUUGGAGACCGUUGGACCGGCUGGUAUGUGGUUUAUCUCCCCGGGGACUACCCAGAAUGCUGACAUCAACUCGAGGUACAAAUGCUAUGACUGCUAUGUAUGCUUCAGACGGGUAUUGCUUGUGGCCGUACUGAUCCGCCUCAAGUGUGCAGAAUAUGGUCGAGCAACUGACCUCCAUGGAGCGAGUGGCCAAUACGCCUAUUCCCGUGUCUUGGUAGACGGAAUUCAUCUCAAGCAAUGUGUCACGCUCUAUCUGUUUGCUCUUCCUUUGACCUUGGUCAAGGAGCUCGGCUGGGCAAUGGUUCCUCUUGUGACUGUGGUCGCGUUUACGUUCAUGGUCUGUCCUGGUUUUGUUCGUGCUCUCCAGGUAUUUAGUCGUGUCCAGGGAAUCGAAGGAAUUGCGGACGAAUUGGAGCAGCCGUAUGGGGAUGACACCGGCGAUCUUCCUCUCGAUAGGUAUUGCAAAGAUCUCAAAGAGGAAGUCGAUUACAUGAUUGAGAGGUUGCCGGAAGGUGGCGAAGGCAUUCACGGCUGGGACGACGGAGAGGGCGAUGACUGA